AUGUGCCCUCGCUGUCAAACCGUGGAGGAAACAUCCAUUCAUUGUCUGAAAAACUGCGAGGAGGUCCGGGGUUUAUGGUUAAUGUCACCGCUGAAUUUGAGAGUGGACAAAUUUCCAAACAGUUCUGUGCAGGAUUGGCUUACUCUUAUGUUUGGCAUGAUGAAGUGUGAGGAGGUCAAGACUUUCGUUAUGACGAUGUGGGUGAUUUGGAAUGAUCGGAAUAAUAUUGUGUUUAACAAUAAGCGUAUGCCGUCGUCGGUGUUAUUCAGCUGCAUUCCUUCGAUGUUGGAUACGAGUGGUGGUUUCAGCGAAGAAAGGGAUGUCGUCAGUGACGCUGCAAAUAGAAGAUGGUCUCCGCCGCCUGAAAUGUGUUUAAAGAUCAACUCAGAUGUGGCUGUCUCGACUGAGAAAGGAUUAUCGGUGCUAAGCGCGGUGUGCAGAGACUCGUCGGGGAAGGUGAUAAGAAGUGGUGUGUCAUUUCUGCAUGGAUGCACAGUGGCUGAAAUAGCCGAGGCAAAGGCUGUGAGUUUUGGUCUCUCUCUUGCACGGGACUUGAAUUACACAAGAAUAAUUUGUGAGAUGGACGCUAUUAACGUAGCAAAUAGGUUGUGUAAUAUUUGCAUGGCCUCUGACUACUUGCAACUGGUGGUGGAUGAUUGUUUAUUGGAGUGUGAAGGUAGGGAUGUGAGCUUUAUUUAUGCAAAUCGCAUCUGUAACCAAGUCGCUCAUGCUUUAGCGAAAUGGGGUAUUUUUUUUGGUAGAGAUUGCAUUUUUGACGGAAAUGUUCCUUUUCCGGUCAAUGAACUUGUAACUGAUUUGAUUCUUUGA